UUCAUUCUUCAUGCGUAUAUAUUAACAACAAAUUUCUCACUCACGUGUUGCAUAUCAAGAAUCGUAUUCUUUAUCCAUUUUGUAUUAGUUUGCAUUAAAUAUGUUUACUUACAUAAUUAAAAUACUUGGAGUCACAUAAUGAUGAUGUGAUCUUCUGUUUCUGACAGAAAUGGAAGAAGGAGAAGAAGGCAAGAAGAAGAGACCAAAGUAAAGGAAGAGUAAAGAGGAAAACGAACAAACACAAAGCGGCAAAGUUCAGUUAAUAAGACGACACCAUUUUCUCAAACUCAUCUCAAAUAUCCAAACGAACAUUUUGCGUCGUAUUGUAUGGACAUACCAAACGUAUUCACUAUUUCCUUAUGUGACACUAUCUUACAUUAUAUAAUAUAUAGUUUUCUUCUGUAUUAUUUUAAUUUUUUGAUUAUACGUAAUACACUGCAUAACCAGCAAAAAUAUUAUGUGGCAAUUCCUUUCACGGAAGGUAUUUAGAAUAUAUUUUUUAAACAUUAUUCUCUCUGUCCGUUACCUGUAUAAUGUUAUAGUCUUGCUGCAAGUCAAAAAUUGUGACACAGCUUUUUACUUUUUAGUUUUUACAUAUCCACAUUUAUUACAGUUCAGCUCGUGACUAUAUGUAUGCACCGGAUUGUUAUAUCAGUCGUUCGAAAAUGAACCUCUAAGAACUCCAAAACGACAACAUUUUGAAAUUUAUACCAAAAAUGGACAUGUGUUAGAUGAACUAUUUUUCAUACCCGGAUCUCGCAGUCUAGUGGUACUAUCUCUUUGGGGAGGGGAGGUCGGCUGUUCGACUCGCGGAGAGGGGGAGGCGUGUCCAGGAUCCGUAAAAAGGUACAGACAAAGGCUGGCGCCGGACCUAGGUAGUGGGCCGCAAGGUCAACACCUGGUUAAACAAAAAAAAAAAAAAUUCAUGGGAUUUCUCAAAUCAAUUCUCAUUAUUUUUCUUCAAAAUUAAAUUCUACUAAUUGUUUUGACUAAGAAAAAGUUACUUUUCAUUUGUUGUUUCUCUGGUUUCUAAUAAGAGGCUCUUUGAGAUACUCCAAUAAAUGCUCUUAUUUUUCGACAAUAUAAAUGCUCUUAUAUCAUAUGUUAAGAAUCUAAUCUAAUAAUAUAUGAAAACUAUUUUAUAUAAUUCAAGCAUAUGCUCGUACGUGAGAUAUAUACACAUUACACACCAAAUCAUAGUACUAUACAACUAUUUAUAUAUAAAUAGAUAUAUGACAUACGUACUGGUAAUAAAUCUAUGAAUUUUUUUAAAGAAAUUUACAGAUCUUGUCUUGUAUUUAUAUAUACCCAUUCACGUGGGCCAUUCGAAAUUUGCAUGAAAGCCACUCCUCUUCUCACAAAAACAAAAACUUUAAUCUCGUUCUUUCUUUCUCCUCUCUCUCUCUCUCACAGUUUCAGAAACAGUUACAGUAGAUAGAUCAAUGAUUAGGAUUUAAUCAAGAAGACAAGCUUUAUAUUAGAGUUUAGGUUUGGGAUAUGACUCAUGCUCGAGAAUGGAGAAGAUCCACUCUAUUAAUGUUUAUCUUCCUUUCUUCACUACUCUAUCUCAUUUCCGUAAAUUCCCGGACAGCGGCAAUUCGGGUAUGUCCAGAAACGCUGGCGACGACUACCACUCCUGCUCCGGCUAAUGACCAAGAAGUUCCAGUGAAGAAAUACUUCAGCUCCGGGAAAUUUGCUCCGGUGGAUUCUUCAUUCGGAAAAGUAUUUAGUGACAGUAAAAGAACGGUACCAAGUGGUCCAGAUCCUCUCCAUAACUAGUAGAAGCAGUUUCUUGAUGUUUUCAUUUAUAUUUUAUUUUAUUUUCUUGUUCUUCUUAUGUAAUCGAUCAAUCCACAGGUGUAUUUUACCCAAAAUACUCACGUUUUCCUCUUUUAUGAAAGGGAAAAACGAAGGUAUUUUGGUGGUUUAAAUCGCUGAUCUAUAUAUAAACAUUUCAAAUAAAUAUUUACCAUGUCAAUGUUGUAGUUUCAUUAGAAAUGUGUAUUAAUUAUGUGUUUUCAAGUUUGAUUAUGCAUAUCAGAAGUGAAAGAAGAUAUAACCCCUAAUAUUUUUUGUUUAUACUGACAGGUCCUGAUUUUAAAAUGAAAGCUCUUAUCGUCUUCUUCUUGGUAAUCGUCAUCUCUGAUGACACAUACAUUUGCAGCGAAUCAAAUUAGUAUAAAGAAUCAUUGACUGACUAAAAGUGU